AUGGGUUCGCAACCGCCAACAAAGGGCGAGCUUACUGUCCUCGUCACCGGAUUUGGGCCUUUCCGCACGCAGUACCCUGUCAAUCCGUCGUACGAGAUCGCACGUCAGUUGCCGACCUAUCUUCCGCCCCUGCGUGCCAAAGAUCCCUCCAGUCGUGUCUCGCCUUCCAUACCUGACGUGCGUAUCCUCGUCCACCCUGAAGCCAUUCGGGUAUCAUACAAACGAGUCGGAGAGCUGGUACCGACAUGGUGGGACGAGGAUAUUGAGGGUCGGAGGAUAGAUCUGGCGAUACACAUUGGCAUGGCCGGCCCGAGACCGUAUUACCAGAUCGAACGAAAGGGGCAUCGGGAUGGGUACAAGAGUAAGGACGUCGAUGGGCUCGUUGGCGACAUCAAGGAUACGGGACGGGAAUGGAAAUGGUACGGCUGCCCGGCGGAAUUGGAGAGCGACCUGAAUAUGGAGGACGUGUUGGGACGCUGGCAGGCGCACAGUCCAAAGGACAUGGACUUGCGGAUAUCAGAUGAUGCGGGACACUACCUCUGCGACUAUACGUAUUACUCGAGCCUGGCCCAUCUGUGGAAGCAGCAGCGCGAGAGAAAGUUGACCUUUCUGCACGUGCCGGCCGACGCGUCGCCCGCCAGCAUCAAUCUCGGGAGGGAAUUGGCCAUCAAUUUGAUACGGGCCAUGGUCGAGAGCGAGGUCGUCGCCAAGGAAUCAGGAUAG